AUGUUUACCCCCAUCCUUACGUUGAGAUCGCAGUCCCCAAUGGUUUCUAGCACUCCCUUUAAAUCUGUCCAAAGCAGCCGGCUACAGUCUCGGUCAACAGGUGUCGCGCGAGAUGAUUCAGAUGAUGAACUCGGUAUCGAUGAUCUCCCAUGGGAGUGGAUUUACGAAUCUUCCAGCUCCAAUUCUUUAGACAGGGCUGAUGAUGAUGGUACCGAUGUUACCCGGAAACGCAAACGUACCAACGGCGAACGUCGCAUCGUCGGGGCCACCUUAGGCACCUUCCAGUGCCACAUAGGCGACUGUGUUCUUCUUAAAGCUGAAGGGUCUAAAGAGGCAUGGGUCGCUGUCAUUUGCGAAUUCGUGGAAGACGAUGAUGGCGAAAAGGCAGCCAACUUCAUGUGGUUUUCUACCGAGAAGGAAAUUCGCAACAAGCAAAGGAAACGCUUAGAUUUCUUGCCUAAUGAGCUGUAUAUUUCGCCUUCGUGGGACGUUAACCCACUUGCCGCCAUCAAUGGCAAGGCAAUAGUUUUGUCACUUGGAGAAUUCUCCAAACAGUAUCCAUCCGGGAGGGUUCCCCGAUCCUCGCCCGAUCACGGCAAGGUGUUCGUUUGUCGCCGUGCAUGCAACACUCGGACCGCGAACUAUACUGAAGAGUUCACGUGGGAGGACGUAUAUCGAGCUGACGUGAAGGGCGUACACAAUUUAAUCCAGUUUGUCAAAACGCAGACCAGGUCGACGAGGAGGCGUUACCAUGACAGAGAGUCGACGCCUGAGAUGCCUUUUGCCCUUACAGAAAGCACUAUAGGUGCUGUAACGCCAAGAAGGACAGUCAAGCCAGAGGCUGCCACACCCCGUGGCGGUCAUUGCACACCAACAACGCCUUCGUCUCGUAAACGGGUCACGGUAAAGAAGACGUUGGAGUUUACACCACUGGGCACGCGAAAAUUGGCGUCGACUCACCUGCAGGGAUCUCCUUUUCAGCUGGCGCGAUCCCAACUUCAUGUGGCCUCAGUUCCAUCCAGUCUGCCUUGUCGAGAGGGUGAGUUUUCGUUGGUAUACUCACACCUUGAAGCAGCGAUUGCAGAUGGAACAGGAAGCUGCAUUUACAUUGCUGGGACUCCUGGUACUGGCAAAACCGCAACAGUCCGCGAAGUUAUAUCUCGUUUAGAGGACUGCGUGAGAGCCGACGAGCUGGAUGAUUUUAUAUUUGUCGAGAUAAAUGGCAUGAAAAUUACUGACCCACACCAGUCGUACAGCUUAUUAUGGGAGGCGCUCAAAGGAGAUCGUGUCAGCCCUUCACAGGCUCUUGAUCUACUGGAGCGGGAGUUCAACAAUCCUAGUCCUCGCCGUACGCCGUGCGUAGUCCUAAUGGACGAGUUGGAUCAACUUGUAACUAGAAACCAAAGUGUCAUGUACAACUUCUUCAACUGGCCUAGUCUGCGACACAGCAGGCUUAUUGUACUAGCCGUUGCGAAUACCAUGGACCUCCCAGAAAGAACCCUCAGCAACAAAAUUAGCAGUCGCAUAGGCCUGACCAGAAUCACAUUUCCAGGCUACAAUCACGAGCAACUGAUGAAGAUCAUACAAUCCAGGCUCGAGGGCGUACCUGGGAAUGUUGUUGAAGCAGAUGCCAUCCAAUUCGCCAGCCGAAAGGUUGCUGCGGUCAGUGGCGAUGCAAGAAGAGCCUUAGAUAUUUGUAGGCGAGCUGUAGAGCUGGCUGAAUAUGAGAGCUGCGUUGACUCUGAGGGAGUGACUGGAAAGGGGCAGAGGCAAUCAGAAGGGAAGAGGAAAACGUCCACAAAGGUCACGAUAUCAACUGUAAAACGGGCCAUAAACGAGGCAACAACAAAUCCGAUACAGCAAUAUCUACGAUCACUGGCGUUUACACCAAAACUUCUCUUGAGUUCAAUGCUUGUCAGGAUCCAAAGAAAUGGCACGGUUGAGACGACCUUUGGUGAUGUUAUGGACGAAUUGCACCGCAUCAUCAAAUUAGACACAUGCGCCUUAGACUCAGGCGUUAUUACGGCCCUGGUGGGCGGGUCCAUGAGCGGUCUAAUGGCAGGUGAUUUGAGCCAGGUCAGUGGAAGCGCUCGGGUGGCGGAGGCCAUGGGACUUCCUCGUGUGGCAGUUGAACUGGUUGGGGCAGGUAUCAUUGUUCUUGAAGCACAAAGGGCUGAGAGGCCAAGUAAGAUGCGCCUCGCAGUUGGGGAAGAGGAAAUCAGAAUGGCGUUUCGAGACGACAGUGAAGUCAGGGCCCUUGGUCUUUUUUUCUAG